AUGUUGGCAAAAUGGCCCGGUUACACGGUGACGGGUGGUAACCCUAUGUAUCCGGUGCUGUGCGUGUGGAAUACGAGUAAAGUCAUGUCGCUGAACGUGAACUAUCGCCUACCUGUGACGGAGAACAGCCCCAACUGCACCACCGUGUCCGAGCUCGGCAAGGCCGUCACCUGCCCUGCCAUUUCCAUCCAUCGGUACUACGGCGUGAAGAUUGGCAAGAGAGCACCACUAACUGGGCAUAGGAGUGGCAAAGGUGGGCAAGGGAGUGGCAGAGCUGGGCAAGGAGUGGCAGAGCUAGGCAAGGGAGUGGCAGAGCUGGGCAAGGAGUGGCGUGCCCCGCGACGCACCCGUCUCCUCCACAUGGCACCGUCUUUGGCCCAAUUUACGUGCACCGUCUUUGGCCCAGUGGGCGUGCAAUGGAGCAUGGCCAUGCCGCGUGCGGCUGGACUCACUAACGCUUACUGGAGUGUUUUCUCUCUCUUUUUCUCAUCCCACACGUCGUCUCAAGCUCCCGCAUGCCUCCAAGCUACCCCCUAUCCCGUCUACCUCUCUCCUCCCCAGGGCAACAUCUUUGGGCGAGUGGACGUGCUACGCAGUAUGGACAUGCGCCUGGACUCACUCUCGGUCACCGGAGUGGCUUCCUUUAUCAAGUCGCCUGGGGUGAUCCGAGUGGCCCUGUGUGGGUACGGGCCGGGACUUCUCAAAUCCAACAUUGUCAUCUCCAACAAUGAGGUGUACGGGGUGAACACCCCCGUUGUGCUGCACAGGGGAGCAGAGGGCAUAGCAGUCACCAGCAUCUACAUCCAUGACCAUUGGGUGAACACUCCGAUCCUCUUGCACAGGGGAGCAGUUGGUGUAACCGUCAGGAACAACUACGUGCACGACUUCAUAUUCGCAGGGAUCAAGUGCGGUGCCGACGUGCAUUACAGCUUUGCGUGCAUGCUCUCUCGCAUCAACUCCAACCUUGUAGUUUCCUCUGGGAGGAACCUGAACGGGGAUCACGACUUGGCUGGGAUCUACUUCUACACGCACUGGUUCAGUCCCGGGAACUCGGCGCUGUGCAACUACGUGUUCAACGGCGACCACUGCUACUAUCUGGACCAUUGCACGUCAGGCGUGCUUGUCAGGGGAGGCGCGUGCGUGAAUACGUAUGACGGCAUGAAAGUGAAUAACGGCAAGCGGAGCGUGAUAAAGAACGUGGCGAUGAAAGGCACGCGGAGAUCGCUGGGGUGGACGUCGUGCUUCACAGUGACCGUCAACAACUGCCUCAAAGACCCCGGCAACUACUCGGAGGCCAUGCGCGUGAAAUACUACAACAGCGCCCGCAUCAACCACGUAUGGCCUUCGAUGAAGGACGUCUGCAAGGAAACAUCGGCCAAUGGCGGCGUGUCAUGUAACCCGCCAGGUCAGCCAGGUGCUGACGUCACGGGAGCAUGCAGCGGGCUGGGAACCGACAAUCUCAUCGACGUUGUCGCCGUCAACACCACCAACUAUGGCCUCGACUGGAAGCACUGCGAGAAUUUCACCGCUCUGCCACGACCCGUCCCGCAGCUCACUCCUGGCGAAUUCAAUCCUCGCGGGCUGAUUGGAAUGGCUGAGCUUGUAAGGAGUGCGGUGCGUAGUACUGCAGGCAUCACUGCUCCAGCCGGACGAUGA